GUUUCAGUGACAAUUCGAUUCGAUUGCUUUUUUUCCGUCUAAAUAUUCAAUAGGCCAUUGUUCAUUUGUUUGUUACUUACGGAUCCAACGAGCAGUUGCCUUCAGUCAAGCAUCCACCUCUCUGCAUUCUGUUCAACUACAAUGACCGCGUUAAAAAAGAAGUCAGGCUCCCCUGGGAUGCCUGUUACGAUCAGAAAAGUGCAGCUUGCGGACGCUCCAAGUAUCGCAAAGCUUGGCGCGUACGUUUUCACCGCCACGUUUGGACACUCGGUAGAAGCUCAUGAGCUUCAAGCAUUUCUCGACGAAACAUACACAGUCGCCGCCAUUACUCAAGACAUUCAAGAUGAGAACAAACAUAUUAUAGUUGCGACUGGUUCAGAAGGCGAGAUCCUUGGUUUCUCAUACCUCAACACCGGCAGCUCUGAGCCUUGCAUUGCUCACGUGGAGGACACAGUUGAGCUCCAGAGAAUCUACGUCCAUCCAUCAGGACACGGGAAAGGCAUCGGUGGGCUACUUUCUUCAGAAAUACACGAAAUGGCCAGGGAAAGAGGAUAUAAAAACAUCUGGCUUGGAGUUUGGGAAGAGAAUUUCAGGGCGCUCAGUGCAUACGAGAAAUGGGGUUACCGCAGGGUUGGACACCAUGAUUUUGUGGUUGGAACUGUUGUUCAAAGGGAUAACAUCAUGUUGAAGAGUUUGUUAGACGGCUAGAGGGUGGUGGCUGGGCUUAAUUAAUUGUGACCUAAAAGGCGUGUAAUUCUUGGAUAUACAAAAUUAAAUACCUGGAC